UGUUUAAAAGCCCCGAGGAUGGAGCUGUCAGAGGAGAGCUCAGCACACACUGACAACUUGAGACACUCAGAGAAAUCACUCAGAGCUGUUGUAAGUUUUCAGACAGAGAGGGAAACACUCCUUUGCAGCCAUGACUUCUUUUGACGACAUCUUGGAGGAAGCGGGGAAGUUCGGCCGCUGCCAGAAGCGAAUCUUCCUGCUGCUGUGCAUGGUGUCCAUGCCCUGGGCCGGCGUCUACGUGGGCAUCGUCUUCCAGGGCUUCACGCCCAACCACUGGUGCCGGGACGCGGAGGUGUCGGAGAGGAGGGAGACGUGCGGCUGGAGCCUGGAGGAGAGCCGCAGCCUGACGCUGCCGCUGGUCAACGGCUCCUCCGGAGAGCUGCAGCACAGCAGCUGUGAGCAGUACGAGGUGGACUGGAACAACACGGCUCUCAGCUGUGACUCGCAGGAACUGGACCUCAGCAGAACCCCCAGAACCUCCUGCAAGAACGGCUGGGAGUACGACUACGAGGGGAGACAGUCCUUUGUGACUGAGUUUGACCUGGUGUGUUCGGAUGCCUGGCUGGUGGACAUGUACCAGGCCACUCUCAACGUGGGCUUCCUGGUGGGGAGCAUCGCCAUCGGUUACCUGGCCGACAGGUUUGGCAGGAAACUGAGCUUCCUGAUGUCCAACCUGCUGAACGGGAUCGCUGGGAUCCUGGUGGCCAUUGCUCCCAACUACGUGUCUCUGCUGGUCUUCAGGACGCUCUACGGCUUCGGAGUGAAAGGAGGCUGGGUGGCCGGAUACGUGCUGAUCACAGAGCUCGUUGGUGUGGAGUACAGACGCACCGUGGGAGUCCUCUACCAGAUGUUCUUCAGCGUCGGCAUCCUCAUCCUCCCGCUGCUCGCCUAUUACAUCACCGACUGGCGCUGGCUGCAGGUCGUCAUCACCGUGCCCUACAUCAUCUUCCUCUCCUACUACUGGUUUAUCCCAGAAUCUCCCAGAUGGCUUCUCUCACAGAACAGGAAGGACAGAGCUGUGGAGAUCACUGAGGCCAUGGCCAAAGAGAACAAGAAGACCCUCUCCAAGAACAUCGAGACUCUGGCGGACGAUAACGCCGACACCAGAACCGCCUCCUUCAUGGACCUGAUCAGAACCCCAAAGAUGAGAAAACACACUUUAAUCCUCAGCUUCAACUGGUUCACCAGCGCCGUGGUGUACCAGGGUCUCAUUAUGCGUCUGGGCAUCUUGGAGGGAAACGUCUACAUCGACUUCCUCAUCUCCGGCCUGUUGGAGUUCCCCGCCGCCUUCCUCAUCCUCUUCACUAUCGAACGCAUCGGCAGGCGGCUUCCCUUCGCCACCGCCAACAUCGUAGCCGGAGCUGCCUGCUUCAUCACCGCCUUCAUCCCUGACAGUAUGAUCUGGUUUAAGACGGUGGUGGCGUGCAUCGGCCGGCUGGGCAUCACCAUGGCCUUUGAGAUGGUGGUGUUCGUUAACACGGAGCUCUACCCGACUUUUGUCAGGAACUUUGGAGUGUCGGUGUGUUCGACUCUGUGUGACGUCGGAGGCAUCGUGGCUCCGUUCCUCCUCUACAGACUCGCCGUCAUCUGGAUGGAGCUGCCACUCAUCAUCUUUGGCUCUCUGGCUUUCGUGGCCGGUGGUUUGGUGCUGCUGCUCCCUGAGACCAGAGGCGUCCCGCUGCCCGACACCAUCGACGACAUCGAGUUCCCAGAACAAGUGAAGGAGAAAGUUGCUCUGAAGAACCAGCAGAUGAUCAACCUGCUGCCCAACGGCGACGUGUCCAUCAACAAAGAAACAGCAACUGUUUAAUCUCCUUCUGUCACCAAAGUAUUUAUUUAUGUUGUUUAACAGUGUUGCUUGUGGAUGUAUCAGGUACCGUCUUAGAUUUUUGUUUUUGAAUGAAGUUUUUUGACCUACAAAGACUUUAGUGUUCAGACAAAACUGCUGUAAAGUUUCUUUGUUAAGCUUGUUGAUGAGUGUUUGAUGAUUUAUUGAUUGAUGUGUGUAAAGAGAGCAAUGCAUGAAGUGUAAAAAAAAGACAUUUAUUAAACAU